UACAAGAAGAACCUUCUCUGCAGUUACUCGAAUAAAGACUCAACUCUUCACAACCAUAUAAAUCCACCCUUCCAACUCCAAAUCCCUCACUCCGCCUUCUCUUCUUCUCCCUAAAGCUUCGAUCUUUCGCCACCCUUUUCGUCCUCUGACCUGGGUUUUUUCUUUUCACAAUGUUUCGUUUGAGCAAUAACUUGAUCGGCAUUCUCAACAUCCUCACUUUCCUCCUCUCAAUUCCCAUCCUCUGGGCCGGAAUUUGGCUCUCAAAACAUGGCGCUUCAGAGUGCGAGAAGUUCCUAGACAAGCCGGUGAUUAUUCUCGGAGUGUUUCUCAUGGUGGUUUCUUUGGCCGGUUUGAUCGGCUCGUGCUGCAAAGUCUCUUGGCUCCUCUGGGUCUACUUGUUGGUCAUGUUCUUGUUGAUUGUGGCCUUGUUUUGCUUCACCAUCUUCGCCUUCGUUGUCACCAACAAAGGCGCCGGCCAAGCCUUGUCCGAUAGGGGGUAUAAAGAGUACAGAUUGGGAGAUUACUCGAACUGGUUGCAGAAAAGAGUGAAUAGUACCAGUAACUGGAACAAGAUUAGGAGUUGUUUGGCUGAUAGCAAAGUUUGUUCAAGCUUUUCUAGUAAGUAUUUAAAUGACACUGCUGAGAAGUUUUACUUGGAAAACUUGUCUUCCGUUCAGUCUGGUUGCUGUAAGCCAUCAAACGAUUGCGGCUUUACAUAUGUCGGCCCAACAAAUUGGACUGGCAGUGGCACAACUUCAGCCAAUCCUGAUUGUACAACGUGGUCGAACGACCCAAAUGUGCUGUGCUACGACUGCCAGUCAUGCAAAGCUGGACUGCUGGACCAAGUCAAGACUGAUUGGAAGAAGGUGGCCAUCAUCAACAUUGUCUUCCUCAUCGUGCUCGUUAUUGUCUACUCCAUCGGAUGUUGCGCAUUCAGGAACAGCAGGAGGGACAAUGCUUAUGGGAAGUACCCUUGAGGGAGGUCAUGUGCAGUAGAAGGAUCAUCAUAUAUUUCUUCUUCUAGUAGUAGUAAUUAGGCUUCUUGUUAUUAGAAGUGACUCUGGUUUAUAUUGUUGUUGUUAUUAAUUUGUUUUGGUUAUUGUAUAGCUUUUGAUGUGGAUUAUUUUUGCUUGUUAUUAGAACAUAUUGGAUCUCUGUAAUCUUUCUUUUGUUUGGAGUUUAUAUAUAACUUCUAUAUCUGCUGCUGUUAA